AUGGCAUCGCUGUGUGGCGCGGCGCUGGUGUCCGAGCACAAAGCAGGUCAAGCCACUCCGAGCGAGAGCUCACAUCGGCUACGCGAGGCUAUAGCGUCGAUGAGGAACGACUACUCCGUUCCUAGCGGAGGUGCUAGCACCAAGCGAAGCCGAUUUCGAGCGCUGGACGGGGCCUCGAAUGGAGGUGAUGUGCAAAGGGCCUGCUGGGCUAAAAUCGCUCUUGAUCGGCGGUCCCCGUCAACAAGGGCUGGAAUAGCCCGGCGUCGGUCGUCGGAGCUGGAGCUGGAGCUGGAGGCUGGAGGCUGGAGCCGGGACCACGAAUCAGGACGCUGGCCGGGGACCGCAGCCCAGCUUCGCGGGGGAUUGUUGUACAUGCAAGUCACUGGCCCCAAGUGGGCUGCUCUUCUGCAAAUUGCCCAUUUAACCUCUUCCAACAACCGGCCGGGCGAGGACGUGUACCUUGCAUUGCAUGGUCCUGGGCCCUGGACGGGCUGCCAUUGGCCUCGGCCGCCGAGGGCACUGCGGUGGUUUGAUGAUGGAGCAGGCGUGCGAGUAGCAUCGUCCAGUUGCUGCCACACGCCAAACCGCUUUCCGUCAACCAUGCAGAUGCAGACGCAGGUCCAAGCUAACGCGGUGGAGAAGACGAGCGGCCUGUUUGCCAAUUGCUGA